AUAUUGCCUUUUAAAAAUACGCAAGUGACGCGAGAUUUCGAUGAUAAAUCUGUCAUGUGACUUGCAGACAGCUUUAAGUUGCCUGAAAGUUUGUUAGAGGAAAUCUAAGUCAUUUAUUGAUUCAAGUUCAAUAAACUUUCUAAAUGAGUCAGUUACCAACGCAAGGUAUAGAGAAAAUACCUGAUUCUACAGGUUAUCUUGUUCUAACACAAGAUGGUGCUGUCAUUAGUUCUGGAGGAGAAUUAGAGAAUGAUGAGGAAACAGCCAAUAAAAUUUCACGAUUGGUUCACACUGCAACAGGUAUACCUGUUACAACGGAUAGACGAGAUAGUUUUAAACGAAUUUCAAUUAUCUGGGAUGAUUUCAUGUACGUUAUCAGUGUAUCCAGUCAGAAGAUAUUUGUUGCUAAACGAAAGUAUAUUCCACAAGACCCUGUAGUCACGUGACAAGUUAAUAUAAACAAUCUCUGUGAAGAAUACAUUGUAGUGAGGAGUAAAUUGUACAUAUUAUUAUAAAAACUUUUAAAGAUAUGAAAAUAUUGAUUAAAAUUAAUUUCAGUCUUCAGAUUAUUGGAAUAACGGGAGAAGAUUUGGUUGGUGCUAACACAGGCAAGGCCACCCAAUCUGCUGGCAGGCAAGAUAGCACAGAGUGAAAAGAUUUAAGUAUUUGUAAAAAUGUAUGUCAUAUUUGAAAGUUUCUGUUUAAAGCACGGGCUUGUGCUGGUUACUUUGAUUAGGGAAACACAUACAGGGGUCUGUGCUAUAAUUAAUGAAAUAAAUAAAACUUUUUGA